AUGCCUUCUCUCCGCACGCUUGGGAAACUCGCUCUGGGUGGUGCGCAGAUGGUGCUGGCGCAGGGUGGUGUGAACCCGUUCGAAUCAUGCUCGAACCCGCAGUUGAGCUGCCACAACACGACGGUUGUCCAGGACCUGUGUUGCUUCAAUGCGCCUGGUGGACAGCUGCUGCAGACGCAGUUCUGGGACACACAUCCCGUCACAGGUCCGGUUGAUAGCUGGACGCUGCACGGCUUGUGGCCCGACCGCUGCGACGGCACCUACGAUGCCAACUGCGACUCGUCCCGCUCCUACUCCAACAUCUCCGCCAUUUUGAAAUCGUUCGGCGCAGAUGACACACUCUCCUUCAUGCAGACAUACUGGAAGGACUACAGCGGCAACGACGAGUCGUUCUGGUACCACGAGUGGGCGAAACACGGCACCUGCAUUUCCACGCUCGAGCCGGAGUGCUACACCGAGCACAAGCCCACCGAGGAGGUCGUUGACUACUUCAACCGCGCCGUCUCGCUGUUCAAGACCCUCCCCUCCUACGAGUGGCUCGCGGCCGCCGGCAUCACACCCAGCAGCUCGCAGACAUACACAUUCCAGGCCAUCCAGAAUGCGCUGGCAGCAAAGAGGCCCGGCGUGGAAGUGACUCUGGGCUGCAAGUCUGGCCAGCUGAACGAGAUCUGGUACCACUACGACGUGCGCGGUUCUCUGCAGACCGGCGACUUUGUGCCUGCCAACCCCGACGGCACAAAGUCGACCUGCCCGCAGACGGGUAUCAAGUACCUGCCCAAGGGUGGCAGCCAGCCAUCUGCAACCAGCACCACUGUGGGCGGUCCGGCGCCGACGAGUACCUCUGCACCAGGCACGCCGUUCAGCGGGAAGGGGUAUAUCAAUGUUGAGGUCAGCGGCGCGAACAAGGGCUGCAUCAUCAGUAAGGGCACGUGGUACACUACCGGCACCUGCGCGACAUUCACAGCCACUGAGCUCGACAGCGGCUUCACAUUGUCCAGCUCGAAGGGCAAGUGCGGCAUCGUUGGAGGCGCGCUGACCUGCGAUGCAAGCGUUAGCUCUGGCACUGGAUUCACAGCAGUCGACGGCAGUCUCGCAGCCGGUGGAAACGCCGUUUGGAGCGCUGACAAGGCCGCCAGCGGAAGCACGCAGGUACCUGUGUAUGCGGGAGGAGAUCACGCGCAGCAGUUCGCUCUGACUUGGCAGGGUGUGUAG